AUGGGGUCCAUGCGACCGACAGGAAGGUUCCUAUCGUUUGCGAACAACAUUCAACGUACACAGAAACAAGCUGUGCCAAGUGGAUUUCCACAAAGUCUAUCAGGGAGUGAGACGGAUGUGUCAACAUCUAAUGAGAAUUUGUCUCGAGAGGAGCGCUAUGUUGUGCGGCAUACAGCUAGGGUUGAGCCCCAGGGACAGGAGAACCAGACUCAACCGAAUAACAAUAACAGGAAUUCUCUAAAGGACAAUGUGACCGGUAGUAACCGUAACUCAUUAAAGGAUUCAGUGGGUGGAGGCAACAGUAAUAGAAGUUCACUCGAUGUGUCCUCCUCUUCAUACAAUACUCUCAUCAUACACAAUCAGGAUGACUCUUGGCCACCUAGACCUACUCCCAUUAGGGAACAUGAGAGAACAAGCAGUGAAGUGAAACACCCCACCACUCAGUCAUCACCGUACCACACACUGAAGAAGAACGAAGGUGUAAAGAAACCCAGUGGGAUACCUGUACCUAAGCUGCAUAAAGAACAGAAUGUCACAACCACAGCUAACUACAUUGAUAUUGGAGGCCAGAGGAUUUAUACUAGCCCACCUGACCAUGGAGUUCAGGAGAUAACAGAGAUCCCGGAUGAUUUCCUCAAUCAAUCUUCAGUACUAAAGCACUUGGCGAAGGAAGUGGCCCAGUCUCCAACCCCGCGCGGUCCCACUCCUCCCGCCUCGCCCCGCGCACCCGCGCCUCCCCGAGACGACUCAAGGAAAGCUAAAGGAAAAUGCUCAAAGGCUAAGCUUAGUAAGGAGAAAUUGAAUCUGUCGAGGUCACAGCCUGAUCUUACAAGCGUGGGUGUCCGCGCAGUGCCGGGUGGGUCGGAGUCGAGUGGCUGGUGUAGCGGCGGGGAGGGGGAGCUGGAGGAACCUGACGAUGCAUUCACUGCGGUACUCGACGCUCUGGCCGCUGAGAACCAUCAACUCAAGAGACAACUCGCUGAUGCCUGCGAGAGAGUCGCCAAAACUAAUAAGCUGGAAGAAGAAGUAGAAAAGGUCCGCACAGCACACGAAGAGCUGGUAGGUUCGUGCGAGCGUCGCGAGAGAUUGGAGCGGGCUGCCAGGGUACGACUGCAGGCAGACUGUCGCCGUCUGCACGACCUCAACCGAGCACUCAAACAACAGGUGGAGCUAUUAUCGCAAGGGGUACGAAAUGAAAACGACAGCAAUGCUGAAGCACUGCGCAAGGAGUUGCAGAGCAGAGAGAUGCUUAUCGCACAACUCAUUACACAGAACAAGGAGCUGGCAUGCGCUAAGGAGAGACAAGAGAUAGAGAUGGCGGCCCAGCGCGCCACGCUGCAGGAGCAACGCACGCACAUCGACAUACUGGACACCGCGCUCACUAACGCACAGGCCAACGUCGUCCGGCUCGAGGAGGAGUGCCGUCACGCGGGUGGUUACGUGGAGCGAGUGAUGGGGUUGCAGCGCGCCCUGGCCUCGCUGCAGCAGGCCUCCGACCGACGCGAGCAUACUGAGAGGAAGCUACGCGCGCAGCUAGAGAAGGAGCUGCAGACUCUCAGGAAGCGCGAGUGUAACUGCGGCGGCGGCGGCGCGGGCGGCGGCGGCGGCGAGGCCGAGCUGCGGCGCCAGCUGCGCGAGCGCGACGAGCGGCUGCUGGCGCUGGAGGGCGAGUGCGCCAAGUGGGAGCAGCGCUACCUCGAGGAGGCCGCGCUGCGACAGGCCGCCGUCUCCGCCGCGUCCAUACCCAAUUCCGUUUUCAGGGAUGCGAAGAUCGCGGCGUUGGAGAAGACGUCGGCGGAGUCCGAGCGACUGAUGGCGGAGGCUCGCAACGAGAAGAUACGACACAUGGACGAACUACACUCCGCACAGAAGAAACUCGCUGACCUAGAGGGCAGAGUAAAGGAGCUCGAAUCUAAAGUGGCGGAACGUGACGCGAUGAUCAAAGUCCUGCAAAAACACACUAGCGCUGCUUACGACAGUGGCGCUUCACUGCGGAAUAACUCCAGUCGCGAGGAACUGGUGGGCCUGUCGUCGGGCGCGUCGUUCUCCAGCGCGGAGGGAGUGGGCGGCGGCAGUGUGUCGGGCCGGUACCGACAUCUAGCGCGCAGGAACUACUCGCCGCAUAAUGACAACUCUAGCGGUUGCGGGUUCGACAGCACGUCCCUGCGCCUGGACGAGCAGUUGGCGGCGCUGGAGUCGCGCCUGGAGCGGCCGCCCGUGCCCGCCGUGAGUUACCUGCCCGACCGACCCGACCGACCCGAUAGACCCGACCGACCCGACCCUCGCGCGCAUGCAUGUCGCGACUACUACUGA